AUGAGGUUACUCAAUACGAAUGGACAUCAAGAUAAUGAUGACGUCAAAGAAUUUGCUGAGUGGAUUCUUAAAUUGGGAAACGGUGAAUCAACAACCAAUGAUGACGGUGAAAUGCUUAUUGAUGUUCCUCAUGAUCUUUUGAUUACUGAUCCAUCUGAACCGUUGCUCCAACUUAUACAGUUUGUUUAUCCAGAUAUGGUUUCUCAUCUUACAGAUCCAAUCUUUUAUCAAGAAAGAGCUAUAUUAGCCCCUACAUUAGAAUCAGUUGAAAAAGUCAAUCAAUAUAUUUUAUCUUGCAUUGAAGGGGAAGAAAAAGAAUAUCUGAGUUGUGAUUCUGCUUGCAAGUUUGAUGAGGACAAUGAUGUUGAAGCUGCAUGGUUAACCCCGGAGUUUCUACAUGAAGUAAAAUGUUCUUGA